CCUGUAAUGUCUUCCUUGUGUUUUAAAUAUAGAUCAUCAGUCGUACAGUCUUGGGAUUGAGAAUAGGACCCCUUUUUGUCAUAGCAAGGCUUAAACUUUUAUAGAUUUCAACUCUUUCCUAAUUUAAAAUGCAUACAAACAUGGUAAUUGUGUUUCCUUUCAAAGUCUCUCUCAAUUGUCCUUCUCAGACAGGUUCCACCGCCCUGUUCUUCGCCUCCCAGCAGGGACACAAUGAUGUUGUGAAGCUCCUCUUCGAAUUUGGUGCCUCAACGGAAUUCCAGACAAAGAACGGGGGCACAGCUCUCACGGUGGCCUCUCAGUAUGGACACUCCAAGGUGGUGGAAACACUGUUGAAGAAUGGAGCCAAUGUUCACGACCAGCUAUAUGAUGGGGCCACUCCUCUGUUUCUCGCUGCACAGGAGGGUCAUGUGACUGUGAUACGUCAGCUUUUGUCAACUGGUGCCAAGGUUAACCAAUUUAGGGAGGAUGGCACCGCCGCCCUGUGGAUGGCAGCUCAGAUGGGUCACAGCGAGGUGGUGAGGGUGCUACUCUUACGUGGUGCAGAUCGGGAUGCUGACAGAGAUGGGUCGACAGCAUUAUUCAAAGCAGCUUUAAAAGGCCACAACAGCGUCAUUGAGGAACUUCUCAAGUUUUCUCCUUCAGUCGGUCUCCUCAAGAAUGGCUCUACUGCCCUACAUGCUGCUGUUAUGAGUGGAAAUCUCCGAACUGUUCUGCUGCUGCUUGAGGCGAACGCAGACCCCACAGUAUCCAACAAGAAUAAUGAACUCCCUGCAAAUCUUACGAAGAACGACCGCAUCCUUAAAAUGUUACAUCCAAAAAUCCUAAAUGGAGACAGCUGAUGAACGACCAAACUACUACCUUCAUGCCUGUCUGUACUGCACUGGUGCUGAGGGGGGGGGGAUUAAACAACCAUACAGUGUCAAACAUAUUCAACCACAACAUUUACUGUACAUGGUGCUUGCUGUUGAUGACAACUGAAAUUAAACUGUCAUGUUGAAUAAAGGUGGACUCCAUAGAGCAACAAAAUGUGCAACCAAAAUGCAUUUGUCUGCCAUGUGCAUCACCUCCUUCUCUCUGUUGUUCUACAGUAUUUGCAUUUAUUUUUGUUAAACCCAGGUGUUGUAAGAAUUAUAGAUAUUUUGCACACUUUUUAUUUGCCUUUUUAAUAGUUGUAAUAAAGUGUAAGUUUGUUAUUCAA